AUGGGGCUGUCGCUACUACCUUCGGCUUCUUUUCCUGUUUGGUACUGUGAACCACUUUUCUUACUAAAUUGGUUUCAGACAUCUGGGACAACGAGAAAUGAAGAGUGGCUGUUCAUUUUGACUGGUGACCAUGGAAUGAAUGAUCGAGGUGGACACGGAGGUUCUAGUAGUGGGGAAGUUACCACCGCUUUGGUCAUUCUAAGCUCAACCGUCGUCGAUAAGAAAGGUUCAGUUACACUGCUGUCCAACGGCGCCCGAACGCAACAAGUUGAUCUGGCUACAUUCAUCGGUUCAGUGACUGGAGCGGGAAUUCCUUCAACCAGUUUGGGCAUCAUUCCCUCUGAUUGGCUAGCUAAAUUCUACCAUGACCCGUCAACCCAAAUCAUGGCUGUGAUCGAUUUGUUGUCACAUUUCGCCCGUUUUUCGGGAUGUAACUUGUUAACAUCGGAUGGAGCGCUCAAGCAAGUCGUCACACUUGACCCUGGCUGUUCUUCAAGUUUGCUUACCGAGGAGCAAGUAAUUUUGUUCAACAAUUUGAUGAAGCAACUAGCUUUAGGAUUGUUCUAUCUGGAGCAAAAUAACACCUCAAACUCUACGUUGAACGCAUUGGCUAGUGUGAAGACUCACAUAAACAAGGCAAUCAAGCUGUCACAGCAGUUGCAAUCGCGUGCGCUCAGUGGUGCGGACAAACUAGACAAUACACAAAUGCUUUUGGGAGGUCUGAUUAUGUGGUCGGUAACCCUGUAUCUAUGUCUUUUGGUUGUCCGUGAGCUGUCUGGAAAGCAACGGCUGUCUUCGAACCACACGAACGUCCAGCUUUUUGCUUUCAAGACAGCCGGGCAGCCUGAAUUGCUCUCCUAUAUGUCGUCCAAGCUAUUGUGUACGUUCUGUACUGUCUGUCUGCUCAUUCAAACCAUCAGUUUAUCUGGAAGCAGUUACGCGGAAGAGGAGCACCAGUUGUGGUACUUUUUCAGCGUAAGCACUUUGGUCUUGUGUACUACCCUGGUUUGGCUUGGCCCACUUCCAUGGUCAUCUAAGCGUUCCAGCAUCCUCUGUGCGUUUGGAAUUCUAUUUCUGGAUCGCAUCUUAUUGAGGCAAAUGCACAGAACGGGUGACAAAUGGAUUCACCUUCCAGACCUGUCCGAUUGGUUGUACAGUCCGGAGCACAGUUUCUGGUUAUGGCCUGCCCAAAUUCUCGCAUGGAUAGUGCUCUUCGUAAUGCGUUGGAUUGCAGUUGAAUCAUGCAGCUGGGGCGCCGGCCUAUCAAGAAAUAAAACACUUGCCCGAUUUUCGCCUCUCCUCUCUUUACUUGUCCUGUCGUUAAGUCAGCUCUACUACAGGUGGACUGCGGUUUUUGGCUCCAGUGAACAGGUAAUCACCUCAGCUCGUUUCGUCUACCUUGUUCUACUCAUGGACUGCUUGUGUACCUACAACUGGACGCAUACCAACCAGUCGCUCCAUAAAUUAACUUUCCAGCCGAAUGAAGAGAAGCGCUUUUGGUCCGAUUUACUGCAACCAGUUGCAACUUAUCCUUUGUUGGUAGGCUUACUUGGGCGUCCUGCCGUGACUAUCCUGUGGAUUGGCAUCCUGAUCAAAGAGUGCCUGUUGGCACAUGUUAUCCGGUCAUUUUGGUCAGAGGAUCACUAUGAGCAGAGUCGCGCGAUGAAAAUGCGACUCAGUUGCUGCUGGCUGCUCUAUUGGAUCCAGGGAUGGACCUCUUUCUUCCAACAGGGAAAUUCCCUCAGCCUGGCUACUGUGGAUGUUUCUGCCGCUUAUGUUGGUCUCCGUACGCACCAGCCAACAAUUGCCGGUGUCCUUCUCACUCUGUACACCUACGCCGGUCCGUUGUUCUGGCAAAUGGCGUACUUGACUCGCUUCUCAUUACCUGGUGAUCUUGAACGCCAUGUGACCACAUCGCUUGCCUGCUUUCGCCUAGGCUUUGUCCUUCUGCCCAUCACGUUUUGUGCUACCGUAUGUUACGUUCUCCAGUCGCAUUUGUUUAUCUGGACAGUGUUCACUCCAAAGCUACUUUAUCUUGCCGUAUUCCAUAUAGCUUUUUUUCCGUUGCUGGCUAUUUGGGGCGCACUACACAAGGCGCCCACACCUAGACGAACGCUGGAGGGUCUCCAAAACCCUGGUGUUCAAAUAGCCUGUGAAGACAACCUUGUCGAUCUGGAAUAUGCAGACGACAUCGUUCUCAUGUUCGAAGAGGAGGAGAAGGCGCAAGUAUUCUUGGAUGGACUGACCAAAGUCAUCCCGUCAUUUGGUAUGCACUUUGCACCUACAAAGUGUAAGGUCAUGCUUGUGGACAUGCAAUCACUGAACACGACCCUUACAAUCCAGGGAGAGGUACUACAAGUUGUGGAGCGUUUUACGUAUCUUGGAAGUUGUAUUAGUUCUGACUGUAGUGUGACGGAUGAGGUGAAUGCACGAAUCUGCAAGGCUCGGGCCGCGUUUGCAAAUUCGAGACACCUAUGGCGUCAGAAUGGUUUAUCCCUGAAUCUGAAGGGACGUGUGUAUCAAGCUACAGUACGGGCUGUUUUGUUGUAUGGCUGUGAGACUUGGCCUAUUCGAGCAGCGGACCUGAGACGUCUUCAGGUGUUCGACAAUCGUUGUCUCAGAACCAUAGCUCGUGUGGGUUGGUGUCGGCGAAUCCGUAACGAGGCAGUUAGAAAGCGUGUUUUCGGUUGUGUAACGGGUACUUCCAUUGAAGAAUGUGUCCAGCACCAGAAGCUGCGUUGGUUGGGACAUGUGUUACGUAUGCCGAAGAGAGUGCUGUUUUCCAUGCCCAACUCAGAGUGGCGUAAACAGAGAGGUAGCCAACACUUGACUUGGCAGAGGAGUAUGAAGGAGAUCACGAAACGCUUGGGUGCAGUUGGUCCUACUCGCCUUCCAGGAUGGGGACCGCGUGAUCCUCAGUGUGCCUGGUUGGAGACACUACGAGAUGUGACUGCCAACCGAUGUCAGUGGCGUUCUUGUUAG